AUGCACUACGACAUCGUCAUCGUCGGCGGCGGCCCCGCAGGCCUUGCAGCGGCGAUCCGCCUCAAGCAACGCUGCGAGAUCGAAGGCAGGCCGCUGUCUGUUUGCGUCAUCGACAAAGGAGCAUCUGUCGGCUCGCACAUCCUCUCGGGAAAUGUCUUCGAGCCCCGCGCCCUCGACGAGCUCUUCCCGGCCUGGCGAGGCAGCCUAGGUGCCUCGGGUUUAUCGGGCCGUUCUCCUUUUUCAGCGGCGGAGCGCGCGGGCGGCGUGGCCGCGGCUGCCACGUUUCUGCAGGAGAGCGUCCAGAGACUCCGGAACCUGUGGGAGGGGAAUGUCCCCCGUCUGCAGAAAAGGACGUCCUCCGUUGGGGACGGCGAGAACGCGGCAGAAAAAAGUCCAGGCAAGCGAGACUGGAGCUGCGAAGGCGCAAGAGGCGCCGGCAAGAACGGCGAGCUCGGAACCGGAUGGGGCGACACCCAGGCGCAAGGGCGAUCCGACGGAACUAACACAGAAGCUGCUCAGAGACUCGGACAAGACGGGUUGGAAGAUGAUGUGAAGAACGUAGACAGGGUCUUGCAGACGCUGUGCAACAGUGACCUCGGCGAGGCGGCAGUGCGCGCGUCCCUCACGGUCGCUGAGCAAGGCAUCAACGAGGCGGAGGGAAACUUCCUCAACGCAGGUCCCACUGCCUCGCAAGCUGUGCAUACAGCUGGGGGGCCCCCGGUCCGGACCUUGGUAACGGAGGACGAAGUUCUGGUUUUUCUCGACGACGAAAAGGCACUCCGUCUGCCCAGCUGGGUGCUUCCUGCGGAGCUCAAAAACGCAAGAAAAAACUUCGUCAUCAGCCUCGGGGAAAUGACCAGGUGGAUGAGUGACGUCGCGGAGCAGAACUACGGAGUCGAAGUGUAUCCAGGCUUUGCUGGGGCUGACUUGCUCGUCAAGACGUCGGCCGACUCUGCUGCCAUGCCUUUAUCUUCCUUCCGUACCGAUACCUCUGCAUCCUCUGCCUCGCCUCCGUCCUCUUCCGAGUCUCCUCGCAGCCUGUCGACGUUGCCGUCGUUUGCGUUUGGAGACGCGGGUAGCCGUCCCGUUGUCUGCGGUGUACGUACAGCCGACAUGGGGGUGAAGAAGGACGGAAGCCGAGGAGAGACCUUCGUCCCCGGCGUAGACCUCUUUGCUCGCCAAGUCGUCCUCGCAGAAGGCUGUGGAGGCUCGCUCGCGGAGCUUGCUAUUGCAGCCUUUGAUUUGCGCGGGGAACUCCAGAAACGGAGAGACACGAACGGGGAGAAGGCAGGAGACAGGACGAAAGGGGUGACUGAAGAGCUGGAGAUGCUUGAAAAGCCUGCUGUCCCUUGUCCUCCCCAGUAUGGACUAGGAUUAAAGGAAAUAUGGGAAGUGCAAGAAGAACACCAUCGCGCGGGCAAGGUCGUGCAUACGGUGGGAUGGCCUCUCGGUCUCAAAAAUUAUGGAGGGGGCUUUCUGUACCACUCCGGCGAAGCCAAUCGCGUCCUCGUUGGGUUUAUUGUCGGCCUCGACUACAAAACUCCUUACCUAAACCCCUACGAAGAAUUUCAGAGAUGGAAACGACACCCGCGCAUCGCCUCAGUCCUCGCCGGCGGGCGCUGUGUAGCCUACGGCGCCAAGUGCCUCAGCGAAGGAGGUUUCCAGGCGAUUCCAAAACUCACCUUCCGAGGUGGCCUGCUGGUCGGGGACUGCGCCGGGUUCUUGAAUGUCCCAAAACUCAAAGGCACCCACUUAUCCAUGAAGACAGGCAUGGUGGCCGCUGACGCUCUGGCCGACGCCUUUCUUCUCUCAUCUUCUUCCUCUUCGCCUUACUCUUCUUCCCCUUCGCCUUCCUCUUCUUCCUCUUCGCCUUCCUCUUCUUCCUCUUCGCCUUCCUCUUCUUCCCCUUCGCCUUCCUCUUCUUCCUCUUCGCCUUCCUCUUCUUCUCCCGUGCUGGACUCGCGGCGAGCAGACGGGGAGGCAGAAGGGAGAGAAGGAAGCGAAGGUUUGGAGCUUGAGGAGUAUGAGCGUCGCCUAAGACGCUCAUGGGCUAUCGAGGAGCUGUACAAGGUCCGAAACGCCAAGCCGUGCUUUCAGUGGGGGUUGUUGCCAGGCCUCAUCGGCACCUUUGUGCAUGCGCGCCUGACGCAAGGAAGAGAACGCUGGACCCUCCGAUGGGACAAACAUGACCGAGAGCACACAGAGGAAGCAAAAUACCACAAACCCAUCUCCUACCCAGCUCAUGAUGGCCGUCUAACUUUUGACCUCCUGGAGAACCUCGCGCGCAGCGGAACCACUCACGAGCACGAUCAGCCUCCUCAUCUCGUGAUUCGCGCCGGCAUGGAGCGUGUGCCCGUCGACGUCUCCUUGCGUCUCUUUGCUGGUCCUGAAGGCCGGUUCUGCCCCGCCAAGGUCUAUGAGUUCUUUGAAGCAGAAGACGCUCCGCUAACCGCACCCGCGUCGAAAAAGGAGCCGAGCCAAGGGUGUAGUAGCGCGAGCGCGGGGGACGGAAACGAAAAAACGAAGAAGGGAAGCGGAAAAGUGAAGAAGAUGAAGCUUCAGAUUAAUGCGCAAAACUGUCUUCACUGCAAAUGCUGCGCCAUCAAAACAACUCAAAAUUUCAUCGAAUGGCGGGUGCCUGAGGGUGGGGGAGGUCCACGCUAUUCCAGAAUGUAG